GUGCGCAGCUAGGAAGGGCGGCUGCGGGCUCGUUCAGGAAGCGGCCGUUGCUUCUGGGACCAGGUGUGGCGCACGGGGCGUGGGCGCUAUCCCGAAAACCCUCCCUCGGGUCGGGUGACGGGUUGCCCGGCCCGCCCCCCCGCCCGGGCAGAGGAAGGAGCCGCGGGAGCAGCGCAGGGGUGAGCCUGGGCACGGAGUCAAAGAACUUCAAAUAACACGGCCAUCUUGGAAACCCGUAUCGUGAGCCGAAAGGUCUUGGAGGGGACAAGAGACCCCCAGAAAGCUCCUCACAGUUGAGAGGGGGAAAUGGCUGUCCAGACCACAUGGCGCUUGGCCUGCCUGUCAGCAGUGCUGUUUUCUCUCAUGGCAAAACCAUCCCAGACCCAAAGAUGUUCCUCCGAGCAGACGGAGGACAUCACGAUCGAUAUCCCGGCGGCCUUUUCCAAAGGCAUCCGGGGGACGGAUCCAAUCCAUGCACCCUCUUGGGAAGCCUGUGUGAACGCUUGCUGCUUGGAAAAAAUAGCAGCUGAUAAGACAUGCAACUACGUAGUCUUUAACACCAAAAUGAAAGGCCGUUCUCCAAAUUGCUAUCGGUUUUAUUAUCCUGCCAAAGAAACCUGUCCAGUGAAACGGGCGUUAGGACUGAUGACAUUCAGAAUAAUAGAAGGCAAAGAGAUAUCCAAAUCACCUCUUUCCUUAAACAGACUUCCUCAUCCCACAGUAAAAGGAAGUCUGGUGUCCCCGAAAGCGGCUGGGUUUGACCUUGCAAGUACGCCGGGCGGUCUGGAUUCUUUGCCUAGGGCCUCUAAGAAAGAGGAAGUCUUUGGCCCUGCAGGGCCCCCCUUAGAGAAGGUGGAUGGACCCUCCCAGCAUCCCAAGGCUGGACGGACAAACAGCAUGGAGAUCUUUGGCUCUUCACUGGUACCUGAAACCAGCAGUGCUGCUAACACCGUCCAGCGACCGACUCCUGUUAAACUGACCCUUGCCCGCCUUGGCUCUCAGGCCAGCAGGACUGUUGGUGCUGCAGCCGUUCGCAUUCCUGCCAGCCACGUCCCGCUUUCCUCCCCUUAUGCCAGAAAGACUGAGGGGGCAACCCUUCAGCCAGGAAUGGCCACUCUUCCCCAGCCACUGCUCCCUUCCAAAACUCGGCCUCGGAAUUCCAGCUCGUCGUCAUCCACUCGACCUGCUCCAAUUUCAUCUGCUCCUGUACGCAAUUCUGGUCUCAGUAAUGGGCAACUUGGCUUAGAAGGCCAAAGCCCUGACGCCAAUCCAGGCAGGAAAGAUGCCCCUUGGUGGAGCGACCAGAGCAUCCUUCUCACUGCCCUGUUUUUUGGGGUGCUGUUUUUCCUCUUAGCCGUGCUGCUGUUAGGGGGGAAGAUGCUAGAGUCGCUCCAGCGGCAGCACUACACGAGGCUGGACUACUUGAUCAACGACAUGUAUGCCAACAUGUGACAAAGGGGGACUUGGAGACCCCUCGGUGGUCGGUGUGGAACUGGUUGGCCAUCUGUAGCCUUCAGGAGAAAGGAGGUGGGUUGGAUUCGCCAUGGCAGAUGAUGCGAGGUGCAGCGUUCCACCGGCUUCCUAAUGUUUUGCUCUCUUCCGUGAUCUCUUUCCUUGUUGGUGAUACGCAUCACGUGGUGGUAGCCCACUGACCCUCCUUCCUACCUUGGAAAUUGUGCAGAAAUUUGGAGCAUAACCCUGCUCACUUGAAGAGACCAUCCAUAGUUCCCUUUUGGGAAGACGGGCGUCCAUCAGGGCCUCUGACUCCAGAAGGGAGCGGGGGGACUCGGUAGCCAACCACGCAUCUUUCUUCCUUUCCUCUGUUAAAGCUCUGGCCUGAGGAAGAUCUGCCAGGGAGGAAGACCCUUGUGGUUAAAAAGGCAGGACACUGAUUCAGUCUGCCAACAGGGUAUUCGCGUCCUGGCGUUUGGAGUGCCACCCUGCAUACACAAAUCAUUUAGCGCAAGCAACACAUGGCAAGAGUGUUCGUUAGUGCCAGCCCUUCAGGUUGGCCAGAUUAGGAAACACACCAUAACGAUUACUACCUUAUAGUUAAUAGGGUAUAACAACAGAAUCUUGAUAGCCUGGUAGAGUUUCCCUCUCCCCACUUCUUAUACCCAAGAGCAGCUGGGGAAUUCUGGGAGUUGAAGUCCACCCAUCUUAAAGUUGCCAAGGUUGAGAAACACUGCCCAAGAGAGUCAAGGAGGGGUGAUCUUGAGUUUCUUUCUCAUCCUGUCCUGUCUUUCUGGCCUGAGGUUUCCCUAAUGGGUGCCACAUACCUUUUUCAAGGCUGUCUCUGCACUCUUCUAUACAGGCAGUCCUUGCUUAAUGACCACAAUUGAGACCAGAAUUUUGGUUGCUAAGCAAAGCGGUCAUUAAGUGAAUCCAACCCAAUUUUAUGACCUUUUUUGCAGUGGUUGUUAAGCGAAUCACUGUGGGCAUUAAGCGAACCACGUGGUCAUUAAGCAAGUCAUGCAUUGACUUUGCUUGCCAGAAGCCAGCCAGGAAGGUUGAAAAUGGCAAUCAUGUGACCAUGGGAUGCUGCAGUGGUCAUAAAUGCAAACUGGUUGCCAAGCGCCCAAAUCGUGAUCACGUGACCACAGGGACACUGCAAUGGUCAUAAGUGCAACCAGUCGUAAGUCAUUUUUUCAACACCGUUGUAAGUCUGAACUGUCACUAAAGGAAUGAUUGUUAAGUGAGGACUACCUGUAGUUGGUUUAUGCCACCUAACAAACUCCUAAGUGCAAAAUUUGGAUCUGACAAAACAUGAUCUUAUUCAGCUUUCUGCUCCGGAAUCAGCUCUGCUGUCACGUUUCUGACCUGUGUUCCAAGCUGACUCGUGUUCAGUGGCUGAGCCAGUUUAAAUUUUUUAACUCAGUUGUAGUGUAACCCAAACAACAACAAACCCAGUUCUUCUGUUUAGGAUAAUGAAGUUGCUUUUUGAUUGGGAGUAAUUCAGUCCCAACAUCUCCCAACUGCAGCACUUCAGCUGGAGAUGCGUCCUGUCUUCAGGUCCUUAAAGAGGGAAGGGGCUCGCCAGCUUUGCUGGUUCCCCUUCAGGUUAAGUGCUGGGAUGGUUUUGCCUCAAGCUGGGCAGAUGCACACCGCCUGUGGAUUCCACUGAAAAACAGCUGGGUUUGAACAGGAUCUUUUUGCCUAGUUUGUGUGGAAGAGGUUAGGGUGAAACUGACCAGACUUCUGUCUGUUUCCCCCUUUUCUUGGGCCAUUUCCCUUUCAGUCUUGUUUGGGAGACUGGACAAGUCCCUGCAGUUUGAUGUUGCCUCCUUCCUAGGUCUGUGAGAGAGUGACUGGGCCAAGGUCACCCAGCUGGCUUUGUGCCCAAGGCAGGACUAGAACUCAUGGUCUCCUGGUUUCUAGCCUGGUGCCUUCACCACUACACCAGACUGGUCCAAGCACAGGGAAUGGGGGUGAAAUUGGCCAGACAUCUGUCUGUUUCCCCCUUUUCUUGGGCCAGCCUACAAAGCCCCUAAUGUGGGGCUGUCAGUUGUUUACAAUCUCAUUUUCCCUUCUAUGGAAUAAGGACUUGCCUUAUCUUAGGGCUAACCGGAUGGAGCUACAAAAAUCAGGAAUGGCCACUAGAUGGUGACAGAAGGAAGCGUUCUCUGUAUCUCUUUGUGGCCCCCUAGUGUUUACACGGAUUCUUGCAGCCAAAUAUGGUAGCCCUAUUUUCUGACUACUGUUUUUCUCUGGGAAGGGAUUCUACUGUCAAUUAUUUAAGCAAUAAUAAAGAGUUUGAAGUCA